CCUGUCUCUCACCGUAAGCCCCGCCUCUCCGCCUGUCUCUCACCGUAAGCCCCGCCUCUCUGCCUGUCUCUCACCACAGACCCCGCCUCUCCACCUGUCUCUCACCGUAGAUCCCGCCUCUCUGCCUAAGUCUCAAACCAAGGCUCCACCCUUGCCUUAGUUUCACUCCAAACUCUGUCCAUCUUGCUUUAGUGCCCGCCCCAGAUCCCGCCCCUCAGCCUAGCUCUCAUUCAAAGCCCUGCUCUGAGCCCACGUGACCUCAAACAGCUGGUGUCCAGGCGCAGGCUCAGGGCUGCAGGGCACGAAGCAGAAAGGGGUGGCCCCUGGCAGCUAGGUGGUGAAGCACGUGUAGCUGGGGUAGAGGGGGUGACUCGGAGGAUAUCCCCAAGCCGAGCCUGGGCCCGGGAGGGUCAGCAGCCCGGGGGACGCUCCAUUUCUCUCUAUUCUUUUCCCUCACUGUGCCCCCGGCGGGUCAGAGCCCGGAGGCGGGAGGGAAAAAAAACCUCGGAAUUUCACUUCCGGUCCAGGAACAACUUCCGGGUCGUGCCUGAGCCGGAGGCGGGAGCCGACCGGCACUAAAAGGGAGCUCCGGAGUGGCCGCGACCGGCUAGGGUGGCCGGAGACAUGAGCGAGUUCCGGAUUCACCACGACGUGAACGAGCUGCUGAGCUUGCUGCGUGUGCACGGAGGGGAUGGAGCCGAAGUCUACAUCGACCUGCUGCAGAAGAACCGGACGCCCUACGUCACCACGACCGUGUCCGCGCACAGCGCCAAAGUUAAAAUAGCAGAAUUUUCCCGGACUCCCGAAGAUUUCCUGAAAAAAUAUGACGAGCUGAAAUCAAAGAACGCCCGAAAUCUCGACCCGCUGGUCUACCUCCUGGCGAAGCUCACGGAGGACCGAGAGACGCUUCAGUACCUGCAGCAGAACGCCAAAGACCGGGCCGAGCUGGCCGCCGGCACCGCCGCGAGCAGCGGCCCCCACUUCAGCGUCCCCGCGGCGGCGUCCAAGAUCUCCAUGCAGGAGCUGGAGGAGCUCCGCAAGCAGCUGGGCAGCGUGGCCACCGGCCCCAACUUGCAACAGUCUCAGGAACUGACGCGGAAGCUGCUCCGGGACAAACAGAGCAAGAGGAACUCCGGCCACCACCUGCCCGUGUUCCCCGCCUGGGUCUACGAGAGGCCCACCCUGAUCGGGGACUUCUUGGUGGGCUCCGGGGUCGGCUCGGACUCGCCCGCUCCCAUCGGCAGCUUGCCCUUGGCCUCCCAGGAGGCCGCGGUGGUGGAGGACCUGCUGUACCUGCUGGUGGGCGUGGACGGGCGGUACAUCACGGCGCAGGCGCUGCUCGGCAGGCAGAGCCGCACUUUCCUCGUGGACCCCAACCUGGACAUGUCCGUGAAGGAGCUGGUGAACCGGAUCCUCCCGGUGGCCGCCAGUUACUCCACAGUGACCAGGUUCAUCGAGGAGAAGUCCUCCUUCGAGUACGGCCAGGUCAACCACGCCCUGGCGGCCGCCAUGCGGACACUGGUCAAGGAGUACAUGAUCCUGGUCACUCAGCUGGAGCACCUGCAGAGGCAGGGCCUGCUCUCCCUGCAGAAGCUCUGGUUCUACAUCCAGCCCACCAUGCGCACCAUGGAGAUCCUGGCCUCCCUCGCCACCUCUGUGGACAAAGGGGAGUGCCUGGGGGGCGCCACCCUGAGCCUCCUCCACGACCGGAGCUUCAACUACACGGGGGACAGCCAGGCCCAGGAGCUCUGCCUCUACCUGACCAAGGCCGCCAGCGUGCCCUACUUCGAGAUCCUGGAGAAGUGGAUCUACCGCGGCAUCAUCAACGACCCCUACAGCGAGUUCAUGGUGGAGGAGCACGAGCUGCAGAAGGAGAAGAUCCAGGAGGACUACAACGACAAGUACUGGGACCAGCGGUACACCGUGGUCCAGCCCCAGAUCCCUUCCUUCCUCCAGAAGAUGGCCGACAAGAUCCUCAGUACAGGCAAGUACCUGAACGUGGUCCGAGAGUGCGGCCACGACGUGACGUGCCCCGUGGCCAAGGAGAUCGUUUACACGCUGAAGGAGCGCGCCUACGUGGAGCAGAUCGAAAAGGCCUUUAACUACGCCAGCCGCGUGCUGCUGGACUUCCUGAUGGAGGAGAAGGAGCUCGUGGCGCACUUGAGGUCCAUCAAGCACUACUUCCUCAUGGACCAGGGCGACUUCUUCGUGCACUUCAUGGACCUGACUGAGGAGGAGCUCAAGAAGCCCGUGGACGACAUCAUCCCGACCCGGCUGGAGGCGCUGCUGGAGCUGGCCCUGAGGAUGAGCACGGCCAACACGGACCCCUUCAAGGACGACCUGAAGAUUGACCUGAUGCCCCAUGACCUCAUCACGCAGCUCUUGCGCGUCCUCGCCAUCGAGACCAAGCAGGAGAAGUCGAUCCUCAGCGCCGACCCCACAGAGCUGACCCUGAGCGGCCUCGAGGCCUUUUCCUUCGACUACAUCGUCAAGUGGCCGCUGUCGCUGAUCAUCAACAGGAAGGCGCUCACGCGCUACCAGAUGCUCUUCCGCCACAUGUUCUACUGCAAGCACGUGGAGCGGCAGCUCUGCAACGUCUGGAUCAGCAACAAGACGGCCAAGCAGUUCUCCCUGCACUGCGCCAAGUGGUUCGCCGGGGCCUUCACGCUGAGGCAGCGCAUGCUGAACUUCGUCCAGAACAUCCAGUACUACAUGAUGUUCGAGGUGAUGGAGCCCACCUGGCACAUCCUGGAGAAGAACCUCAAGUCGGCGUCCAACAUCGACGACGUGCUGGGGCACCACACGAGCUUCCUGGACAACUGCCUGAAGGACUGCAUGCUGACCAACCCCGAGCUGCUCAAGGUCUUCUCCAAGCUGAUGUCCGUCUGCGUCAUGUUCACCAACUGCAUGCAGAGGUUCACCCAGAGCAUGAAGCUGGACGGCGAGCUGGGCCGCCCCCCCGCGGAGCCCGGCACCAUGCUGGGCCCCCCCACGGAGGCCGAGCGGGCCGAGGAAGCGCUCAAGAGGAAACUGGCCACUAAGCACCUGGCGGAGCACGUGGACGCGCUGCAGAUGACCUCCGGCUUCGAGGCCACCAUCACCAAGUUCGACAAGAACUUCUCGGCGCACCUGCUGGACCUCCUGGACAAGCUGAGCGUGUUCAGCACCAACGACUGCGAGCACAGCAUGGUCAGCGUCAUCUCCAGGCUGGACUUCAACGGCUUCUACACGGAGCGCCUGGAACGCCUGUCGGCUGAGAGAAGCCGGAAGGCGGCGGCCCCGAUGCCCGUGCCCAGGACGGCGGUGCCCGUGCAGUGAGGGCAGCGCCUGGGAGGGCGCCGUAGGAGACAGAGAUUAAAAGCAUAUUUAGGCCGAA